AUGGCUAAAGAUAAAGUAAGACGAAAAGCUUUAACUACCAAGCAAAGCCAAAAUUCUCAAGAACCUAAGAAUGUGGCUAAUACUGAAAUAGUAGUAAGCGAAGCAGAUAAAAUUGCAGCAAAAUUAUCUGCUGCAAAAUCUACAAAGGCUUCGUUAAAACAACCAAGACGAUCAAGACAAAAAAAUAAGAAGACCGAUCAUCAAACACAAGAAGUGAUUAUUAUUGAACCAAAUAAUACUCUUGAGAUAUGUGAUACACAAGAUCAACAUGACUCAAUCGAUAAUUCUGAUAAAGCUGCAUUUACAGCUCUUUCCAAUGCUGCAUCAGAUACAUCCGUUAUACGAUCAUCGGAUGCAUCAGAUGCAAACAUCAUAUUUUACCAACAGCUGAUUGAUGGAUUGAAAAGAUCUUUAGAACAAAACAAGGAGAUAUUUAAAGCAAUUCACGAGACUAAAGUGAUGCAUGAGUCGUUUCAAAAAGAAGUUCAGAAAAAAAUAGAUGAUAUUUCAGAAAAAAUCGAUCAACUUAUGAUUCCUAAUGAUUCUUAUUGGAAGAAUUUAGCAUCAAGAAUAUGUAAGAUUCAGCUGCCUCUUCUUGGGUUAUUCCCUGAUGACAUAGAGUUUAAAAAGUGUGUUGAAGGAACACUUGAACAAGAAAAGCCAGGAUACGUUGAACGACAUGGACCUCAAUGGAUACAUAUCUAUUCUGGGCGUAUUGGACCUUUAUGUCAUGAAGUAAUUAAAGCUCGUCGAUGUGAUAAGGCUAAGGACGUUAGAUCUGCGAUGUUUGAUAUAUUUGGCGAAAAGAAUUUAACACGUAUUAACACUUCAGCGGGGGUUGAUGAUAUUCGCGCAUUUAAAAAUUCUAAAAAGACAAAGCAAGCAUUUAAAUGUUUAUUUAAAGCUGAUGAUGAUAAUAACCUUCCAUACGUUGAGGCAAUUAAGAAAAAGGCCUGGGGAAAAAAGAAUACAACAAAAAAAGAUACUGCUUUCACUUUGGCCGUUUGUGAAAUUGUACUUAAUCCAAAACACCCAAAAAUUUCUGUUAGUGACAAUGCUCUUCAUAAUCGUUUUAAUAUAUAUUGGAGCUGUAUUUGUAAUUUGGAAGAAAUAACUUCAAGUACAACUAAAUCCAUUAGACAAGAAGAGUUAGGAGAAAAUUAUCUUAAUACUUCUGAAGAAUCAGAUAGUAACGAAAGUUCAGGUGAUAAUUUGGAUAAUAAUGAAGAUUCAGACAAUUCUAAUGAAGAUAACGAUGAUAUGAUAAAUGAAAACCAAAAAAGGAGUCAUGAAAUUAAUAAUAUUGACAAUCAAAAUCAUAAAUAUCAACGAAUUGAUAACAAUUCUUUAGAAACUAGCUUUAAUUAG